CGUAAAGUUGCUGAUAAAUGAUUAAGGGCCUGUUCGGACUCCCUCCCGCUCUCCAACUCCGCUCCGGAGCGGAGCAACAUGCAGUGUUAAUUUGAGGAGCUGCUAAUAUGGUACUCCACCCGCUCCACUCCUGAAUGGAGGAGUGGAGGGCUACCGAACACAGCCUAAGUAGAAUUCCCAACGCUGAUCUUUCAUAAAUCAUCUCAUGCAUGAAGAAUCAAGCUAGCCAUGCACGCAAGAAGAAAUGAAUCAAGAGGCGCCCAGCACACGGUACAGCGAGGGGCAAGGUUUGGGAAGCUUCUGGCGGGCAUCAGAAAAAUACGGAGGCGGGCAGGCGGCCGGCCGGCUCGCCGCUAGCUGUGCAACAAAACAAAGCAAACAGAUUCCGGAAAGCAGGCAGCUUAUUAGCUAGGUGGAGUACCGCCUUGCCACAAAGCCAGCCAACAACUGCCAAGGGCCUAUAUAUAUACACAUACAACCCAUCGUUUGUCCAUCGACUCUCCAACCAUCUCAUCUCUAGCUAAGCUUUGCGCAAGUAGUGCUGUCACCAACUGAUUCAGGAAGAGAACAGAGUCUGAUUCGUCCGGUCCGUCCUUGGGUGUUUUCUUGACUCUGUUUCUUGUUGCUUUCGUCGAGAGGACAAAUUGGAUUGAGAGGAUGGGUGUGGGUGGGACUCUGGACUACUUGUCCGAGCUUCUCGGCGGCGGCGGCCGGCGCCGGAGCUACAAGCAGAAGAGGAAGCAGUUCCAGACGGUGGAGCUCAAGGUCCGGAUGGACUGCGACGGCUGCGAGCUUAAAGUCAGGAACGCCCUCUCCAGCAUGAAAGGGGUGCAGUCGGUGGAGAUCAACCGGAAGCAGUACAAGGUGACGGUGCAGGGGUUCGUGGAGCCGCACAAGGUGGUGAAGCGGGUGCAGGCCACCGGGAAGAAGGCCGAGAUCUGGCCAUACAUCCCCUACAACCUCGUCGCGCACCCCUACGCCGCGCAGACCUACGACAAAAAGGCGCCCCCGGGCUACGUGCGCAAGGUGGACGCCGUCAUGCCCGUCGCCAGCUACGGCGGCCCCGGCGCCGGCCCCGCGCAGGAGGAGCGGCUCACCACCAUGUUCAGCGACGACAACCCCAACGCCUGCUCCGUCAUGUGAGAACCUCCGUGAAGCAAGAGACGUCGAUGGAGAUCAUGUGUUCUUGGUGGCGGUGACAUGUUUGUAUGUGGCUCCAGACAGAGUGUAUGGCAUGCGUGUGUUGUCUAGAUUGUAAAUUUAAAAGGAGAGAAAAGAGCGUAUAUAUGGGAUUAGUCUUUGUUUUUCAGGUUUCUGUCUGCUGCAUGUGUGCUGGAAUCUUAAUCUUUUUCGAUCUUU